UGUCAUUAUAUUUCCCCUCCAUCUAGUUAAUAAUGUAUUUUAAACUGUAUUUUUUUAUUUAGAAUGAGACAUAUCACAAAAGAAAACGUAUUAAUUCUCCGUUCACGUCCCACAAAGCCGAUAAAAGUGUCGCUAAUGAAUACUCCACUUGGUUCUCCCCCUGUUCUCGACAUGGUACGUUCCCUUGUCCGUUUUCAAUUCGGGGCGGGAGGAAGUUUCAUGAAGGUUUUAGGAGGACGUUGAUGUUUCUGGAGGAAAAGUCCCCUCAGGUAAUCAUAUGAGAGCAAUAUCUCAAUUAUUCGUAUAUACUAUUAUAAGUAAGUUUCAAAAGACAAAGCUUCUUCACAGUUAGUUUGUUUAACUUCAUGUAAUGAAACGGAGAGGUUUAUUUGUGCGUUGUAUUGCCUACUAACCAACGGUCAAAGAUGGCGACUGAAAAGCGUUGAUUUCUGUUUGUGUUUUGUGGUCAAUGACAGGUUUCUCACUGCUGGAUAAUUAAUAAACGAGUUUCAUUUCGUAAGAUGGACACGACCUCCCGUUUGAAGUCUCUUUUGUUGGCUAUCCAGCAGUACAGAGAGGACCGGACGGCCCAGACUGCAGCUCAGCUUGAGAAACAGUUGGAGGUGAGUCCUGCUGUCAAAUAUUCCUGUUUUAUUGUGUUUUAUGGCAUUAACGUCGUACUACUGUCAACCUCAUGAAUGCCAUUAGUAACAAAGUAACAAAAACAGCCUGGAAAUGACCCUUAGAAUCUGCAGGAUACCUAAACAUGAUUGGCUUUGUGCUUGUCUAUUAGGGGAGACCGGGGCUUGUUGUCACAUUGCAAAUUAUCUUUUCCACCAGAGGGCGCAACUAAAAAGUGGAACACUAGUUUUAUUCCUUUACAUGGUCAGGGGUCGUGUCCUGUCUGAGAAGAGAAGAGAACGUUGUGAGCUGAGAUGAGCGCCAGUUAACCAUUUCACACAACCCAAAGUAAAAAGAAAUAACUUUAUAUUUAAAAUAAGCUUCUUCCAGAUAAAAAUCCUGGCAGUGAUACAUGUGGACUUGUUAGAGGAGAGAUUGUUCUGUUUUAAACUAGAGCUAGAAUUAGCAAACAUGGUAGUUUCGGGCAACAUGUCUCAGUCAUUUUGGGUUUAGUUAUCACAUGUUUAAAAGGGAUUAAAAUAAACAUAGAGAGUCUGCUUAUCAGCAGUUGUCAUUGAAAUUUUGACAUUUUGUUUACAGAGAAAAGUGGUUUAAAGGAGAGGAAGGCGAGAAGACAUGGUCAGGAAUUACUAAAGAAAAACAGAACAUGGCAGUGCAGUACCUGACGUGAUGCUGAGGGCAGUCAGGCAGGUGACCCUCGCUAAUAAGUCAAUCUGGAGUACAAUAAAGGACUUUAAUGUCAACUACAAUACCUUGGCUCAGUACUGCAAAAACAUUCACCCCAGCUGAAAUACAGAGUCAGACAACAUCCAAACUAUAGAGCAUGUUGCAUAAUCUCUUAUGUUAACAGGGUUUUUCCUGCGUUCAAAAUUGCGUGGCGGCCGCCUCCACCUAAUUUUGUGCCGCCCCCAGCCAGAGCGAUUGAUUUCGCUCAACACAGCGUAAAGCUCCAGCUGUGUUGAUUGAGCGAUUGAUGUCCCGAUGCAGCAGCAACGUAUUUUAACUGCAGUUGCAGGGUUGCGCCACUAUAGAGGCGCUAUAUCAACAGCAGUGCACCGGAAAGACCUGAAGCAUCUACCGAAGAAGAAACGGAUCGAAUCAUGCUUUUUCAAGUUUUUUUCCCGCUAGUUGGUGCUGUCGGCGUCCUGAUUUUCCCUGGCGGAUGGUACAAACAGGUAAAUACUGCUUCUCUUUUUGGCAUCCAAGCAUGUCGUGUUUAUUUAAAAAAAAAAGUUUACUCUGUUUUUAGCGUUGCAGUUAUGACAGGCAAAAUCAGCCAGUACUUUAAAAAGCGACCUCGCGAGGAGGAAAGUCAAGAGUCCAGGUGAAACACAGCAGAGAAAAAAAAGGAACAGGCAGUUAAAAUGCUAUAAUUCAUGUUGGUGACAACGUGGAAAUUUGUGUCAGGUCUAAAAGUACUCCACAAGGGACUGGUGAUCGCGAGGGUCAGAAUGCAGGACAGGACGAGUCGGCGAGGCGAGGGUAAUUAAUUAAUUAGUUUCCAAUUAGGAGCAUAACAACGCAAAACCAACGUGUACGUGGUUUUUAUUCCUCUUUCCAGAUCUUCUCAAAAACACAGAGCCAGUGGCUUUGACAAGCAGUGGCUCAAUCAAUUUGCCUGGCUCAGGCAUACUGAGGAAGGCAUGCACUGCUAUUUAUGCCAAAAGCACUGUGCCCCAACACAGCAGGUAAUUGCUGCCUCCUUAGUGAGACAGCCAUCAACCAACUACAGGCUGGACACAUUAAAAAGACAUGAGGUGACAGCCAUUCACAAAGCAGCAGAAGAGAAGGAGAAAUAUAUUAAAGAUGGUUGUACCUAAAAAAACUCAACUAAUAAAGUUACAAAAAAAAAAAAAAACAUAGUUUAGAUAGUUUAAGAAAUAAUUGGUUGUCGUUUUUUUUUUUAGGGAGGACACUGCAGCGUAUACAUAUAUAUGAUUGAAAACACUAUCACUCUUCAUGUCUGUAUCAGAAUAAAAACAAAAAUACUUAAUGCAUGAUGAAUUGUUUUGUUUAAGGUGAAGACACCUCUGCGGAACAGACUGAAGGAGAGGCACUUGGAUGUCUGUUGUAAGGUGGCCGUUGAUGGACCAGACCAGGAGGCCUUGGACUACAAGGGGUGCAUGAGGAGGUUCUACAGAAUGAAAAAGAGGAGGCUGAAAUGUUCUGUCUGGUUGCGAGAUGUGUGGAUGAAGUGUACUUUCAAUUUAAAGUUGCCAGCUGAUUUGUGUAUGUAUAUAGUUUUAAUAAAUUAAUGCUUUAACAUAAUAAUGGUCACACUCUUUUUUGAACUCUUAACUUAAAGUAUGUUGCCUGUAAAAGAAAGUGAAUCGGUUGAAUUUACAAAUACAUGCACGUCGUGGCGCAUGGUCAGGAUGGUGCCACCUCUGCCUCAAUUUGAGCCAGGAAAAACCCUGGUUAACGUUUGUUCAAUGACUUUUUCUUUCUUAGUGAUAAACAUUUUCUCUGCCUGACUUUGAUGUUCACUUCCAUGUCAAAAAAUGAGAACAACAAUAAUUUUGUCUUUGUUUUAUUAGCUGCAAAAUCCACUGUGACGUCUUACCCCAUGUCGUGAGACAACUUACCCGAUGGGCAAAAUAUAUACCUGAGACUUUGGUCUUUCAUCUGGUACAGAUUUUGUAUAUGAUGUAAUGAUUCCAAGAAAUAUAUGAGUGCGAAAAGUGUGACAACAAGCCCCGGUCUCCCCUACUACAGUGAUUCUAUAGACCAGUCAGUGGAUUUCAGUUAGUCCAGCCCCCCAUUAGGGACAAGAAUAUGGUAAAGAGGAUCAUUGCCCAGGGGUUGUGGAGUGGUUCUUGUGCACUCAGUUAGGAUGCUGUACUUGAGGUUACUUACAUAUGCAUGUUGUGUUUGCUUGCAGGAGGUUUCCAGGCUGAAAUGUGACCAGCUCCUGACCUCAGGUCAGGUUCUGCCCAGGGAUUGUGUGAACGGGCUGGUGGAGCUGGCUGGAAACCAGAACACCAGCCCCACCCUGACCAGCUCCAUCAUCUCUCUGCUUGCACAGCUCGGUACAGUACACCUGUGUUUACGCUGCACAACCCCUCACACAUCAGACAUGCACUGUUAGCGGCAAACUGACAGAUCUUCUGUUAUCUAUGUUGAUAUUAGGGCUGGACGAUAACACGUUAAUAUGCUUUUCGAUAGUUGGCAUAUUGUCAUGUUUUUGUAGACUAUACGAAUAGCCAAUGAAAAGGGGAGUUGCUUCACGCUGAACCAAUCAUGUGCUGAAUUAUAACCAUGUAGCAGAGAACUGCAGCUACACACAACCAUAACACUUUAACAGGUUAAGCUGACAGCACUGUGGGUGAGAAAAAAAGAGUGAGCGGAAAUGCAGAUGAAGGCUCAACAGAUGGUGACAUUGUUGACAACACUAGCGUUAUGAAAACGUCGGUGGUGUGGAGGUAUUUUGGUUUUUUGAGGUCAGACAUGAAGCAGAGUAAUGUGCACUGCAAAUUAUGCCGAGUACAUGUUCUGGCAAAGUCGGGGAAUACCUCAAAUCUUUUUCUCCACCUGAAGCAGCGCCAUGCAACAGAGCAAUGCAAAAGGUUGCAAACCACGAGAGGAGCAAGGAGCCCACGGCGCCUGUGCAGCUGAAACAGCCGACCAUUCAGUCCGCUUUCUCUUGCGCAACGCCUUACGCCAAAACGUCGAAGAGACACAAAGACCUCACAGAUGCAGUAGCUUAUUGUACUGUAAAAGACAUGCAACCAAUAAGCACAGUUAAAUUUCCCAUAUCGCUCAGCCCUAGUUGACAUCAUAAAGGAUAUUUUAGGAUCCCUUUAAGCUGGGUGUUAGAAAAAGAUUGAUUAAAACAAAUGAAUGUAGUUACAUCGAGUCAAGAGAGAGAUGUUGACCUACAACUUUGACCUACAUACUGAUCUGAAGUUUGUCAACAAAAUCCUCCUUUCUUCUGGGUUUUCAAAAACCACUUGAUAGUAAUAAACAAAACCGUUAUUAUCUAGUCUCAGUGUUUGAUAACCGCAGCAGAAAACUUGAUGACCAAUGCUCUGUAAAAAGAUCCACGAGAGAGCUCAUCUUCUUUUUAUCCCAUUCUAUUACUUAUUGACAGUUUUAUUCUAUAGUUGUUAAUUAAUUGUAAACAAAGCUUUCAUUGAAUUCGCAUUACUAGUGUACAAAUUAAAAAAAACGUUUGUAAUGAAGGAAAACUUUCAUCUUUUUCAGCCUAUGACGAUGCCGGCUGGGAAAUUCUUCACAACAGCUACAACCUCACCAGCGUCCUGGCCUCUGUCAUUCACUGCCACAGCGCCAGCCCAGGAGAACCCUUGGUACUGCAGGUAAGUCCAUCAUUGUUAUUAUUAUGAUCACCAAAUCCUGUCUAAAAUUCACCAAGUCCAAAAGUCAAAUAAAACAGGAUACAGUGUGUCAUGAUUGAGGCACAAUUCAUUUAUUUUCUGACCUUUGCUCCUAAAUCCAGUGAGGAUUUGAUCUGCUGUAACAUUGUCUUGUGUAUGUCUUUCAGUGUUUGCAGGUUCUACAGAAACUGACCUACAACACCCAAGUCUUCCCGUCUACAAACUACAUCCACGAGCUCAUUGCCUUCCUCAUCGCCAACAUGUAAGAACAUCACCUCUCCUCUCCUCUCCUCUCCUCUCUCCUCUCACAUGGCGGUACAAUGAAGCUGAAAAAAGUGAUUUUUGUUUUGUUUUGUCUUUUUACAUGACUUAAUGAACCGUACUAACAUGUGUUUAACACCACAGCCAGUCCCACAAUGAUGGCAUCAUCCUGCCAUGCCUCGGCCUCAUGGCUAACCUGUGCCGGGACAACCACUCAGUGCAGAGUCACAUCAAGUCUUUGGUGGGUCUGCUCAAGAGUUAUUUCAGUUUAAUAGCAUCACAGGUUAACCGGAUGUUUCUAUCAAAAUUUUGAGAGUGAAAAUGAAACCGAAUAAAUAAAAUGAUUUAAUCUACAAAUUAAUUUGCAACCUGUGAAAAUUUGUAGAAUAUAUUUGCUUAUGCAAGUUAAAGACAAAAACAUACUUUAUGACCUGUUUAUAUACCUGUGUGUGUGUUUUUUGUAGGACAAUGUGAAGCCUUUCUAUCACACCCUGAUCAACUUAAUGGCUCAGAACAGUCUGACUGUGGUGGUCUUCACGCUGUCCAUCCUGGCCAGCCUCACUCUGAACGAGAAGGUCGGAGAAAAGGUGGGCAGGAGACCCUCUGAACUCCAGUCUGGUUACAUUUUACGCACACAGUCUGCAGAAACUGGUCUUCAUUCACUCCAGCAGAGACCUUGUAAACCACUUGAUUUGGACUUGUGUUUUGGGGGUCACAGGGUCACCUUUUCUUAGUAGUCGAAGCCUAGUUUAGAUUUUUUAAAAUCUAGUUUACAUGAAAAGCUUUAAUGGAGACCAGCAAAUGAUAUCAAAAUAAACAACAUCAAAACUCCCGUGAGACAGUUUUAGUUUGGGUUAACUCUGGUGCUCAAGUUUCUCAUUUGAGGUUUUAUUCACACUGAAAAAAAUAGCUGACUGACCGACUUUGUGGUCGAUGCGUCUCUAUUUUGACAUCUGUGGGGUUGUUUUUUUCUCCUCAGCUCUUUGAAGCAAAAAACAUCUGUCAGACUUUCCAGCUGGUGUUCAACAUCAUCGUAAACGGUGAUGGUACUCUGACUCGAAAAUACUCCGUGGACCUUCUGGUUAACCUGUUGAAGAGCCCAAAGAUCGCAGAUUACCUCAUCAGGUACAAACACACAGGUAUUUCUAACCUGGAGCCUUUAAACUGAAGCGGAUCUUUACAUUUACGAUGAAAACCGUUUCUGUGUUUCCAGAUACGAACACUUGUCAGCAUGUAUGUAUCAAGUUUUAGGACUGCUGAAGUCAAAAGACCCGGACUCUGCUGCAAAGGUAAGAAGACAGAGACACUUUUACUCAUUACAAAUAUGAAUAAUAAUAAAUGUCAUCAGGGAAAGAACUGCAUUUUAGGUUUUCUUAAUAAACUCUCUCUGUCUUGUUUCUUUUGUCUGCAGGUGCUGGAGCUUCUCCUCGCCAUGAGCAGCGUCUCAGGUCUGCGUUCACUCCUCUGUGAGGUGGUCUUCAGGCCAGCAAGACCCAAACUCAGGGCAGGAGGUCACAGACAGUGUGCGGCAGUGGGCGGGGGGAUCGCUUUGAUGCAGUGGCUGAGCUCCCCUGUAGAGGGCGCCGAGUCCUGCUCUCUUCAGGUUCUGCAGCUGCUGAAUGAGCUGCUGGAGGUACGGCACACACCUUAACCAUGAAACCUUGGAGCUGAAGAUACAAACAGAUUUAAACCGAUUCAAACAGAUUAAUCUUGAAUUGUUUUGUCCAUUCAUACAUUAGUUUGAGUUCAGAGUAGGUUUAAAGAAAAGAGGAAAAAGCUGUAUUUGCUUUAACCUUUUACUCUUCACCUAUUUUCUCCUCUUUCUCUCUCUGCAGGAGUCUCUGAGAGCAGAAACUUUAUCUGACUUUGUGCUGAGCUUCAUAGAAAUGCUGCUUCCUGUUCUGUUGGUGUUCUUGAAAGGCCUCGAUCCUGCUCGGGGGGCCCCUCACUUGAAAAAACAAUGUCACCGCAUCACACACGUCACCGGUCUACUCCUAAAUAUCCUUUACCUGGUCUGAUUUUAUCCCCUUUUACUCACUGUAUCUGUCUGAAAUGCCUGUGUGUCUGUUAUGAAGCCUUAACUCCUCCACUCCUGUGCUCCGAGGACUCCACCAGGUCUUUAGUGUCACAGCAGGUGAGCGCUCAGCUCUGCCUCUCGCAGGUUGAGACCCUCCUCUCCUGCUGUCAUAGCAACAGCUCCCUUACCGGCCUCCCUUCCGGCACCGACAACGACCUCAGGUGAGUACAUGCUGCAGUUAUGACCACGAUGUUUCUGCACUGUCCUGACGAUGCUGUGAUCAUGUUGUGGUGAGAGCACCUUUGUAAAAUGUUAGUAAAAACAGAUUUUAACAGUUCAUGAAACAUUCAAACCUUGCAAGUGACUGAAAAUACUCCAAAAACUACAGAUCAAACGUUGAACUGUUUUUGUUUUGUUUUAUGAAAAUCAGUUUUUUUAUUUUAUUUGAGGCAACAGAACAAAAAAGUUUGGAAAAGUUGUGUAACAUGACUGUGAAUGAAAAGGACAUUCAGAGAGGCUGAGUCUCUCCGAAGGAAAGAGGUUCACCACUCUGUGCGAGACUGUGAGCUCAUAGUUCAACAGUCUAUUUAAAGGGAUAUUCCGGCGCAAAAUUAAUUUAGGGUCAAACACACCGUAACACCGAGUUAAGACGCCCCGAGAGAGAUGAAUGUUGCUGACCGCUUGCUUCUCUAGUUAUACCAACUUUAGUAACGACCGCAGGAUAGUAAGACACAGCGGUCUGAGGAGCAAUAAACAAAGAGACUAAACACAACUCACCUACUCUCUUCCAGCAGCCGCUUGUUUGUAGCGAGACCUCGGGCCAGUCUAUUACGGACUACAGCGGGGUGACGCAGCUCAAGGAAGAACAUUUAUGAUAAUUUCCUUGAAGUAAUAAUCAUCAUAUUGAUCAUUUUGCACUGCAGACGCGGUAGUUCUUCUGCCUUAGCGUCUCGGUCUGAUUGCAUUUCCAUGAAGAAAUGAUCAUAAAUGUUCUUCCUUGAGCGGCAGCACCCCGCUGUAGUCCGUAAUGGACUGGCCUAAGGUCUCACUACAAACAAGCGGCUGCUGGAAGAGAGUAGUUAAUUUUAUGCCGGAGUAUUCCUUUAAGAGAAACUGAGGCAAAGUGUGAAACUGUUCAUCGACCUGAUGAAUCAAAAUUUGAAGAAUGGGACAAUGUUUCACCGUGAAAAGUCUAGAAACGGGUCUCCUGAGUCCUCAAACAUGAUGUAACCCUACGGUAAACAUGCCUCUGAUUUGUUUUCAGUAAAGUGUGUUCAGCCGCUCUACUGAAGACUCUGGAGCUGAUGAGCAAACUGAGGCAGCAGGUGAAGGACAUGGAGACCAGCUUUUACAGGGUGUUACAGGUACACACACAAUCUGCUUCUGCUUUUCCCUGCCCACGAUCGUGAGCUCACUGCCGUCAUUUCUUCGUUCUCCAUAUUCUGUGGAACAAAUUCUAUCAGAACCAACCAAGAACACGUCAUGAGCUGGUAGUUAAACCUAUGAAUGAACUCCAUCUGCGGUUGUAUUUUCCAGGACCAGAGGAUCGUGACGCCGCUCUCACUCGCUCUGACGUCCAACCACAGAGAGCGUGUGCAGACGGGACUCUCCCUGCUGUUUGAAGCCACACUGCUCCCAGACUUCCCUUUGCUGAUGUGAGUUUACAUCACUUAUCUUCAGGGAUUGGAUUUACAGUAAAUGAUGAUUUGAGAUGAACAAACAGGCUCCUUAUUCGUUCAAUCACGUCUGUAGUUUGGGGGAAAGUAUCGCCGCCAAUAACGCCUAUUGCCAUCGGGAGGCAGAGCUGUCCUUUAAACGUGUCGCAGUGCAGGAAGUCCCGCCCCCCAGCAUCCUGGACUCCUCCAGCGGUUCCCGCAGGAGUGUGCACAGUCUGGCUGAGAAGAUGCAAAGCGGAUUAGAGGUGCAGUGAUUUUAUGAUCUUGAUUUUUCCCUUCAGGUGGUCUUUACUGUAUGAAGUUAAACUCUGGGUUAGAUUUUUCACUCUCAGGAUCGUUAUGUCCGUUAAAUGUGCUGAAGAAAACUGCUACCAAUGCACUUUGUUGGAGGAGUUUGACGUUUCGUUGUUUUCAGCUACAGGACCCUUCAAAGAGUUCACACGUGUCUGAGAUCAUCAACGUUUACGAACAGAAGCUCGCUGCAUUUGCGGUGAGUAUGUUUGCAAAGUUAGUUAGAGUUUUAUCAAUAAAACGGCAGCAGAAAUGUUUCCUCAUUUAGUCGAACAGGUGAGCUCAACGUGUCCCUGUGUCUCUGUCAGUCCAAGGAGAGCGGACUUAAGGACUUGUUGGAGGCGAAGGCUUUGGCUCUCUCUCAGGCUGAUCGUCUCAUCGCUCAGUAUCGCUUCCAACAGGCUCAAGCUGAGGCUGAGGUAACAUUUACACCGUUUCAUCACCCUGAACUACAGCUGUAAGAUUUAAGACUUCUAAACAUCGAACUUUAUGAACUUGUGAAACUCAAACCAUUAUCUGAGGGAGUUUUAAGACUAGUUUACACCGUGGUUUUAGUUGAGAAAGUAUCGAAAUAUGUCCUCAUUUUCUGGUUCCACAAUAUGGCGAGCAUCCUCAGCGCAGUGAGCGAGAAGAGCGCUCAGAAUCAUGAAUUAAACUCUCAGUAUAUUCACUCUCACGCAGGCCUGUAAGCUGGGAUCUCUGCUGAAGGAGGCUGAGCGGCGUCGUGAGGAUCUGCAGGUGGAGCUGAGUAAUCAGGCGCUGGAGGCGGAGCUCCUGAAAGCCGACAUGGGGGAGCUUUUGCAUCGCAACGCCAGGCUGCAGAAGGGCUCAGAGGAGCACCAGGACCUCAAAGGUGCCUACAACGCCCUGCUCAACAGGUCAGAAACACACAAUUUAUCAUUUAGGUCUCCUGUGUUUCUCAUUACCCACAAAAUGAAUUGAGCUCUCGUCAUAAAGUUGAUCUUAAUAAGAGCUGGUUGACCUCCUCUGCAGGUUCAGUGAGACUGAGCGUCUGCUGGAGGAGCUGCAGGCAGCGCACAACUCGCUCAACAAACAAAAUGAGGCGCUGAAGAAGAACUAUGAAGCACUGCAGCAAAAGCACGAGAAGUAAUCUACGCUCUCCUUGUUCAGGAGCUUUACUUUAUUUAUUUAUGUAUUUAUUUUUAAGAAAUACAGACAGAAGCAAUGUUUUGAGGUUUCAGGAAGAAAUGCGUCUUUGUCUUUCUCAGUACCGCAGCAGAGUUGGAGGCGAGAGAGGAGGAGAUCAGGUCCCUCGAUUCAGACCUGAAACAGAAGAACAGCGACAUCACAGGUUUGUGUGAUAGAUAGAAAGCCAAAGAGAUAAAACCCAUUUGAGAAAAAUAUAAGACUUCAACACUCUUUUCCAACACUUUGUCUUGUUCUCGUCAGGUUUGCGCGCUGAGCUUCGGUCUAAAGAGGAGAAAGUGAAAGCAAAGGAUCGGGAGAAGAAGGACCUGGAGGAGACGGUGGACGUUCUGAGGAAGGAACUGAACAAGACGGAGCAGGCCAGAAAAGACGCAAGUAUCAAGGUAAUAAAUAUUUGCUGUUUUGCUUCUUAUAAUGAGCUUGAAAGUAGAGACGGGCACGGCAGUUUUUUUUAGAUCUACUGAAUCACUAUAGAAUCAGUUCACUAAAAAGAUUCGUUCAAAAGAUUCGUUCACCGAAUCACCGAAUCAUGUAGCGCUUGGCGGGAGAAGCCUGCGACUCCGACCUCCUGAACUGAUACACAGCUGAACGUUUCAGGAUUCAGUUCAGUUCAUAGCUUCUGGGACCGAGAGACAAGAGAGUGUUUGGCUGUGUUGCUUUGACAAACAGGUUUGUAAAAAUGAACUUGUUUAUAAGUCAUGAUGUUUAAAGUGUAUUCAAAUUUAACAUACACUGUUCCCUCACAAACUGCUGCAAUGAUAUGAUGCUGCGAGUUUAAUGCACUACCUUGUUACAUGCUGUGUCCUAUUGUAUGCAAGUUUUUGUGGUGGCAAUUUAGCAGUUAAAAAAAAAAAAAAAGGUAGUUUUGUCUGACAAAAAUGAUUCCAGAGAGUGAAGCUCAAUACGUGAUUCAUUCACCAAGUGAUUCAGAUGUCGGUGCAUGCGGUCCCUCGUUCACCGGUUGCUCCACUGGCGAUGCUGUUUCUCACUUCAGUUACGAACGAAUCACUCGAGGAAGUGAUUUGGUUCAGUAUGUUCACUUAAAAGAUUUGAUUCCUUUGAACAAAUCAUUCGUGAACAACACAACACUACUUGAAAGCAUCAACUAGAGUUAAAGAGAGAUUAUUUGAAUUUGUUGGGAAAAUUCCUCCAAAAAUGCAGAAAAAGCAUCUGUUUCAUUUUAAAAAAAUCAACAGAAAAAGGUUGAAAUUAUCCACAGUGAAUUGGUUAUCAUCAGUCUUUCCUCCUUUUUUUUUUUUUAAUUUUUUUUUUGUUUUCUCCAAGGCUUCAUCUCUGGAGCUGCAGAGGAGCCAACUGGAGACGAAGCUGAAGGAGAAAGAAGAGGAGUGGAACAAAAACACAGCCUUAAUGGCCAUGAUCCACAGCCUCAGCAGUGAAAUAAAGAAGAGUGACGUCAACCUAUCACUCUGAGAAACACGUCACUUUGCAGGAGAGUGGCGACAGAAUAUUAGAGAUUUUUAAAACAAACUUUAUGGACUAUUUUCUGAUUUUUAAACUUGAGUCUAAUUAAUUUUUUAAAAAUAAAAAACCACUUAAUUAUUCUUAACUACACCUGUAUUUUUAAAAAACCAGUGUCUUGAUGAAAUGUUUUUGUGUGAUAUUCUUGUGUCUGUUUUUAAAUGUUUGGAGAAUAAAUUAUGGAUCUGUAA